ACUCUCCGACGCUGGAAUUCCACGACGAAGACGAAGCACAAUAAAUAGCCUCAAGGGUUUGAACGGCGAUUUGGGUGCUCGAGAAGUUCUCAUUGGCGAAUUACGUGCCGCUGCCGAGCCUCUGCGGGAGAGUUGCGCCACAGAGGUCCGCGAGAGGGUCGACGCCGCAGUAAAUGAGGCCGUACAGGCUUGGGAGGACACAAGGGCCGAAUUGGAUGCCCUUUGCACCCGAUAUCAACACGCGUGCAGACUCUGGCAGCAAUACAGAGAUUCUAGCGCCGCGGUGAAGGCUUGGGUAGAUACCCAAAUGAACAAUGUGGUAAAUUUGCCACCGGAGGAAGCAGUCAAGCAAGUUAAGGUUUGCGAGGAGACACUGGCGGAGCACAAAGAAAGACUAGCGGAACUGCGCGGUCUGGUGGCACAGAUCGCAUCGGAUGUGGGUUUGGACGCUGGUGGACCGCUGCACUGCGAAGUUGAAGCGCUAGGUCAACGACUCGAAGAUGUUCGAGAAACCUUGUCGACCCUCGCGGACACGGUGGAUGCCCAUGUCCUCAACCAGGAACUUGCCCGCGGUGAUCUAUGCCAGACGAAAAAUUUCCUGGAUUCGGUCCAACAGAGUCUGACAGCGGUGGGUCAAGGCGAGUCUAACGAACAACUGACAGUACUGCGAAAUCACCUACUCGCGUUAACACGAACCGAGCCGCAGCUUCAAUCCAUCAAGGAUCGCGCGUUAGAUGUUUCCGUGCAGGAACCGUCAGUGGUUGAGGUGGUCCAGUUAUGGCAACGCGUAUUUCAAGAAACCUUCCAGCAGUAUCACCGUUUGUCGACACGAUUAAUCCGCUCGCAAGAUGUGACUGCCGCGUUAAAGCUUUGGGAAGAAUAUUUGACGCAUGUACAAGAUUUUCUGUCGAGCGGUAUGCCAGGUGAUUACAAUAGUUUAUCGGAGCAUCGGAAUCUCUGUGAGGUUCAUCGAAAACUUUUACCUGAACAGCAGAAUCUCAUUUUAACGGUGCGACAAGAAGAAAAUCGUGAUGGAUCGAUCACUGAGCAAUUCAAUGCCUUAACAAAUCUUCACAAUGAGACAUUGGCGAGAAUAUUGGAGCGACAUGCGACAGUGCGUGACAGAAUAUCGGCUUGGGAUAGAUAUAAAUUAGAUCAAAGGAAAUUGUUGACGUGGUUAAAGGAAGUUGAACGAGAACGGCAACGUAUGAAUCUACAGUUUAUCCAUCUGAGAAGGCUUGAAAAGAUUCUGCAAAGAAUUCAGGCGCUGUUGGACAAGAUGCCAGUUGGCGAGACUCAGAUAAAGUCUCUUCAGGAGCAACAUGAAUAUCUCCUAACUAAUUGCGACGAGGCGUUGGCCAUCUCAAUACGCAUGGAACACGCUGCAAACGUACAACGGAUCGCGAAUCUACGAGCCGGUUUGGAAACCUGGAGGGAUUUUGUUCAGCGAGUACAGAAACUGCAUGAAGAACACGUCAAGCAGUUUGAGAUGAUCGUCACAACCUUCCAGGAAAUCAGCCAAACAUUAAGUGCGGCCUUUCACGCGGGACCAAUAAGUCUAUCCAAGACGAAAGAACAACUUGACUCGCUUGAACAUCUGAGAACUCACCUAACUAGCGCGCAACGCAAUUUGGAAUCACUUGGUGUAAUCACGGAACAAUUGAGGGAGUGUUUGAGCCCGAGCGACAUGAAGACAUUAAAUCAACAAGAUGCUCUUCUGACGCAACAACACGGCGAUCUUGAAUACCAGUUAGCUUUAUUAUCGUAUAGACUCGGAGAACGUUGUGCUCUUCAUGGUCGAUGGGAGAAUAGAUUAAAUAAAUUGUUGUCGUGGAUGGAGGAUGCAGCGAUCAGAACGCAAGACCAUGACACAAUGGCAUUAGACGAACCUGAAGAGGCAUUGAAGCGAUUUGAAUGCGAGCUACAAACGGAGAUGAGCUUGAAACAGCGCGAACUUGAGUGGUUACAAAAUAUCGGGCAAGAGCUAAUAGAAGUCGCCGAGGAGACAGAGAAAAUAAAACUCCAGCAAUCCUUAGAUGAAGUUAACGAGAAGUGGAACCGUUUAAUGGCCGGUGGUAAAGCAAGAGCUAACAAGCUAAUCGAUCUAAUUCAGACUAUGAACUCAUUGCUCAAGAGGAUAGCUGAUUUACGGACUUGGCUAACCGGUAUCGAAAAUCAGCUAUCGGAAACUAUCAUUAUCGAGAAACUCACACAGAAAAAUAUCGAUAAAAAGCUCGAAGAUCACGACUAUCUCAAGAUUAAUAUUGAGGCUGAAAGCGGUAAUAUCGGCGAAGUGCUAAAUUUAUGUGAAAUUCUGUUAAACGAUUGUGAUACAUGGAAAGCCUCUUUUAAUAUGGACACAAUAAAAAACGGUAUGGAAGGUCUAGAGAAACGAUGGAAAGCUGUGUGCAUUAAAUCUACCGAGCGCAAGCGAAAAAUCAUGAUGAUUUGGAAGCUGCUGCAAGAGCUGGAGAAAACCAGAUGCGAGCAUGAACCAUGGCUAGUCAAAACAGAGAAAUCUCUAUUGGAAUUGGACAACGAUCUUACAAAAAUCUCGAUAGAAGAAUCAAGGAAAUCAAGGAAAAUAACCAAAAAAGCUAAAUCGAUCGCUAAAGAUAUCGAAGCGCAUCAGAAGGCCUUGAAAAUCCUAGAACAGAUAUUUGGGCGUCUGGCCAAGUCCGGAUUGGAUCCCGAUAACUUUAGGUCUCUUACGGCCGAGACACGGAAGAUCAUUGACAGAUGGUUGGUUCUGGAGACAAAAAUCAACGCCAUCAUCUCGAGCAUUCAACGGGAACAAAAGACUUAUCGUGAGUUCGUAUCCACGCAUGGUACUGCAGUAAUGGGCCUGACGCAGGUGGAUGUUCGCCUAACACAAAUGCAGCACCUCGCCACACCUGAGCAAAGAUCAUCGUUGCGACGAAGACGUCAACAGUUGAGUGAAAUUGAGGAAGAGCUCGAUACUCAAAACGUCACGCUGCGCAAAGCAGACGAAUUGGCAUUGCGAGUUAUGCAGGAGAGCAAUCCUGAUGACGUGGCCGCGAUUCAGAAACUGGUAGACGAAUAUCAACUCUUGUGGCGGGAUAUUAAGUCACGAGUAGCCGCGCUGAAAGAGGAAUUGAAAACGCAAGAAAGAUCGAAGGUCGACGAGGCGGUGCAGGUAGAAACUUUGAAAUUUGAGCAAGAUAUCGCGGUUCAAGUAGACACCCUACCAAGAAUCAAAAUGACUUCAUGUGACGUAUAUUUGAUGGAAUUGGAAUCUGCCCUGAACGAAUGCAACAAAGUCCUAAAUGCCCUAGAAGCAGCAGUAACACCUGAUCCCAUUACCGAUCCUGGGCUUAACGCGGUUGCUAAAACUAUCACUAAACUAAUCGGAAUUUGCCAGUCCUCGAUAGAACUGGUACGCCACCUUCAUAGUCUGCUCAUGGAAGACGGCACAUUGACUGUAGGAGCUGCUAAAAGUAGCGAGGUAACAGCACUAAUAGCUCGAUACGAAACACUCAUUGCACUAGCAAGAGCACGUGAACAGCAAAUCAAAGAGCUCAGAUCACCCGUCACCGAUGGUUACGUUAUUCCAUGUGACCACGAUAGUGGCAAACUGACCUGUCCAUUAUGCUCUCGUCGUAAUUGGGCUCAGCUGGACAAUGAUUUAUGGCGUUUAGAUAAAUGGUUGGAGUACGCCGAGGGUAUACAAAGUGAGCAGCACUCGCCACCCAAUGAUUUAGAUCAUUUGGAGUACAUAAUUUCUAAUUAUCGCAAGUUUCAAUUGGAUCUGGAUAGUCACGAGAGUAUCAUAACAAAUCUGAAUGUAGUUGGUACUCACCUAGCCAAUCAUACUGAAGACACGGAACGUACGAAGAAGCUUUGUGACAGAUUGGCUGUGGCAAAUAGCAGAUGGGAGAAAAUUUGUACAGCUAAUGUGGAGUGGCAGAAUAAGCUGCAGCACGUUCUCAUGACAAAUCGCCAACUUUAUGGUAUAAUAGAAAGUACACGAGAUUGGAUAACAAAAAAUGAGCUUAACAUUGCAGCAAGUGAACCAAUCGAUCUGACCGCACCUAGUAACAUCCUAAAAGCAAAAUAUGAUGCAUUCAGGGCAAUCCGAAAGAAUUUUGAGAUUUGCGAGUCACGAAUAAUAACGUUACAUAAUGCGACUAAUUAUGUUUUGGACGAAGAAACAGAAAUCAGAACGCGUGUACAUGAAGUGCGAUUAAGGUUACAGUCGUUAAGAAGACUCACAGGAAUCUAUGCCCUUAAAAUAGGAGUUGCCCUAGGACUGGACCCACAGGAUAUCGGUCUCACUACUACGUCUCUUGCAUCUCUCUCACAUGACCUGCUCGACGAAGCUGCCUCUGGGACUGCUCAGCCUCACGCCACCGGCACAGAUGGUGACGGAAAAGACCAAUCGGUAUCAACACGUGGUUAUCGCUUCUUAGGACGAGUUCUACGAGUAUCCCUUCCAAUCCAAGCAUUGAUGCUGUUAUUGCUUGGCGUCGCAUCUUUGGUACCAUCUGCAGAAGAAGACUACAGUUGUAUGCUUUCUAAUAAUCUUGCGAAGAGCUUUACGCCGAUAGUCUUUUAUCCGAAUGGACCGCCACCUGUGUAACAGUAAACGACGUCCAGAGGCCUAAUUCCUGAAUAACAUUGUAUACGAAAAUACUAGAGAAAUCUAUAAUAUACGUAAUCAUAGUAUUAUCAACGUAUAUCAUAGUAUUUUCAUACAUUUUGGUAUGUGACAUUUUUCAAGAAUAUGGUCCCUGAUCGUUUUACUACGUUUGCCAAUUUAAGAUUGAUACUUUUCAUGGAACAUUGACGAAGCAAGCCAAUACAAAGCUGAUCAAAUUUCUUUACCUUUACCUUGCGUAAUUAGCAUUGAAAGAUACGAAAUUCAAACUGCCCUGAGCUUUUUUCGUCAAUGUUUUUAUUGACUGCAGCCGCAGUGCGCGUAUCACAGAAAUCUUUAUAUAAUAUAUGUAUAUUGUAAUUUUACACACGAAUUUGUACGUAAGUAAUUAAUGUAACGGACCAAGCGGUGACUGAAAAUAUGUAGCCGACGCGAAAACACAUUCUUUAAUUUAUUAUUAUAAAAUAUAUGUAUAGAAUAUUGUAUAUUUCGCUAUAAAUGCAGUGCGUGCAAUAUCAUGCUCCUUCCCGCGCAAAGCGUGCACGGUCAAAUGUCUUAGUAUCAUAAUGAAUAAUACCCAUUUUGACAAUGUAUUUAUUGUAAAGACAUUGACUGAUUUGAAACGUUCAAAUGUAUGUAUCGACCUUGUAUAUUAACCCUUCAGUUGCGAAAGGCAUACAUACAAUUUUGAGAAAGUUGUCUUUCAUUUGCGGGAAAACAUAUAUAUGUGUAUAUAUAAAUAUCUAGUUGAAAUUUGGAACAUUCUUGAAGCGAAAAUUAACAAUUUGUCCAAAUUCAACAGGCUUAUAAAAAUUAAUAUAUAUAGC